ACGCGCGCCGGCGACCAUGGCGUUCGCCCGGCUGAAGCGAGUACAUUAACCCCGGGAGGCGGCGGCGGCGAGGGAGGGAGCUUCGAGCGGGCGGGCCCAGCCUGAGAGAAGGGAGGAAGGGGCGGGGAGAGCGCCGGAGGGAGGCCGGUCGGCCGCGGGCGGGCGGGCAGCGCAGCGCCGAGCGGGGCCCGCGGGCCCAUGAGGAGGCCCGGGGACCAUGGGCUCCAGGAUCAAGCAAAACCCAGAGACCACGUUUGAAGUGUAUGUUGAGGUGGCCUAUCCUAGGACAAGUGGCACUCUUUCAGAUCCUGAGGUGCAGAGGCAAUUCCCGGAGGACUACAGUGACCAGGAAGUUCUACAGACUUUGACCAAGUUUUGUUUCCCCUUCUAUGUGGACAGCCUCACAGUUGGCCAAGUUGGCCAGAACUUCACGUUCGUGCUCACUGACAUUGACAGCAAACAGAGAUUUGGGUUCUGUCGCUUAUCUUCAGGAGCGAAGAGCUGCUUCUGUAUCUUAAGCUAUCUCCCCUGGUUCGAAGUAUUUUAUAAGCUGCUUAACAUCUUGGCAGACUACACAACAAAAGGACAGGAGAGUCAGUGGAAUGAGCUUCUUGAAACUCUGCACAAACUUCCUAUCCCUGACCCAGGAGUGUCUGUUCAUCUCAGCGUGCAUUCUUAUUUUACUGUGCCUGAUACCAGAGAACUUCCCAGCAUCCCUGAGAAUAGAAAUCUGACAGAAUAUUUUGUGGCUGUGGAUGUAAACAACAUGCUACAUCUGUACGCCAGUAUGCUCUAUGAACGCCGGAUACUCAUCAUUUGCAGCAAACUCAGCACUUUGACUGCCUGCAUCCACGGGUCUGCUGCGAUGCUCUAUCCCAUGUUCUGGCAGCACGUGUAUAUCCCUGUCCUGCCUCCGCAUUUGCUGGACUACUGCUGUGCUCCCAUGCCCUACCUCAUAGGAAUCCAUUUAAGUUUAAUGGAGAAAGUCAGAAACAUGGCCCUGGAUGAUGUCGUGAUCCUGAAUGUGGACACCAACACCCUGGAAACCCCCUUUGAUGACCUCCAGAGCCUCCCAAAUGAUGUGAUCUCUUCACUGAAGAGCCGGCUGAAGAAGGUCUCCACGACAACGGGUGAUGGUGUGGCCAGAGCUUUCCUCAAGGCCCAGGCCGCCUUCUUCGGCAGCUACCGAAAUGCUUUGAAAAUUGAGCCGGAGGAGCCAAUCACCUUCUGUGAGGAAGCCUUCGUGUCCCACUAUCGCUCAGGAGCCAUGAGGCAGUUCCUGCAGAACGCCACGCAGCUGCAGCUCUUCAAACAGUUUAUCGAUGGUAGAUUAGACCUUCUCAAUUCUGGCGAGGGCUUCAGUGACGUUUUUGAAGAAGAGAUCAACAUGGGCGAGUAUGCCGGAAGCGACAAGCUGUACCACCAGUGGCUCUCCACAGUCCGGAAAGGAAGUGGAGCAAUUCUGAAUACUGUAAAAACGAAAGCAAACCCAGCCAUGAAGACGGUCUACAAAUUCGCAAAAGAUCAUGCAAAAAUGGGAAUAAAAGAGGUGAAAAACCGCUUGAAGCAAAAGGACAUCACCGAGAAUGGCUGUGCCCCCACGACAGAAGAGCAGCUGCCAAAGACUGCGCCAUCCCCUCUGGUGGAGGCCAAGGACCCCAAGUUCCGAGAAGACCGGAGGCCAAUCACAGUUCACUUUGGCCAGCCACAGAGACUCCGUCCCACUCGCCCGCCGCCUCCCAAGAUACAGCGCUCAAGGCCCGUGCGCCCUCCUCGGCCGCAUGUCGUAAAGAGACCGAAGAGCAACAUCACGGUGGAAGGCCGGAGGACGUCCGUCUCGAGCCCCGAACACCUGGUAAAGCCCUUGCGACACUAUGCUGUCUUCCUCUCCGAAGACUCCUCUGAUGAUGAAUGCCAGCGGGAAGAGGGCCCGAGCUCUGGCUUCACCGAAAGCUUUUUCUUCUCCACUCCCUUUGAAUGGCCACAGCCAUACCGGACACUCAAGGAAUCAGACAGUGCAGGAGACGAGGCGGAGAGCCCGGAGCAGCGAGCGCGGGAGCCUGUGGGCCCUGCCCCAGCUCCACCUGACCGUGCCGCCAGCAUCGACCUUCUGGAAGAUGUCUUCAGCAACCUCGACAUGGAGGUCCCGCUGCAGCCGCUGGGCCAGGCCAAGAGCCUAGAGGACCUUCGGACCCCCAAAGACCUGAGGGAGCAACCGGGGACCUUUGACUAUCAGAGGCUGGACUUGGGCAGGAGCGAGAGGAGCCGUGGGAUGCCAGGAGCCUUGAAGCUUGCCCACCCGUACAACAAGCUCUGGAGCCUGGGCCAGGACGACAUGGCCAUCCCCAGCAAGCCUCCAGCCACCUCUCCUGAGAAGCCCUCGGCCCUGAUUGGGAACUCCCCAGCCCUGCCCUGCAGGCCCCAGAACCGGGAUGGCAUCCUGAACCCCAGCGACAAGGAGGAGGUGCCCACCCCAACUCUGGGCAGCAUCACCAUCCCCCGGCCCCAGGGCAGGAAGACCCCAGAGCUGGGUAUCGUGCCCCCACCCCCCACUGCCCGCCCAGCCAAGCUCCAGGCAGCCAGUGCUGCCCUCGGCGACUUCUCCUCGGAGCAGCUGCAGGCUGAGCGAGAAAAGCGGGCGGCCCUGGGCUUGGCCCCGUUCUCCGGGCUCCUCCCCGCUGCUGCCCCACAAGACCCCACCGAACUGCUCCAGCCACUCAGCCUGGCCCCAGGGGCUGCGGGCACGGGCAGCGACGCCCUGCUGGCCCUCCUGGACCCACUUAACACAGCCUGGUCAGGCAGUACCCUUCCACCAGGCCCUACAGUCCCAAAUGUAGCCACCCCAUUUACCCCCCAAUUUAGCUUUCCCCCCAUGGGGACCUCCACCCCAUUUCCACAACCAUCACUCAACCCCUUUGUCCCACCUGUACCAGCAUCACUGCCAACCAUGCCCCUGGUCUCCACACCAGCUGGGCCUUUCGGGAUCCCUCCUACUUCCCUGGGGCCAGCUUUUGCCCCCAGCCUCCUACUGUCCAAUUCUGGCUUCUGUGCCCCACAUAGGUCUCAGCCCAGCCUGUCUGCCCUCUCCAUGCCCAACCUCUUCGGCCAGAUGCCCAUGGGUGCCCACUCCCUGCAGCCCCUGGGGCCCCCAGUGGUCACCCCUUCAAGGAUCCGAACAUUGCCCCUGGCCCGCUCAAGCGCCAGGGCUGCCGAGCCCAAGCAAGGGCUGGCCCUACGGCCUGGAGACCCCCCACUCCUACCCCCCAGAAACCCCCAGGGCCUGGAGCCCUCAUUGCAGCCCUCUGCUCCACGAGAGGCCAGAGACCCCUUUGAGGAUUUGUUACGGAAAACCAAACAAGAUGUGAGCCCGGCCCCAGCCCCCGGCUCGGUGGAGCAGCUCAGGAAGCAGUGGGAGACCUUCGAGUGAACCAGGCACCAAGGGCUGGGGACGAGGCUGGCCGGCCCCGCUUCCCCUGCCACUCUGUUUCUGCCCAGUUUCUACUGGUGGGAAGGGAUGGGACCCCUCUCUGCUGCCCCUCCUCCUCUCCACACUGCCCAUCUCUGGAGAAUGGCACCAGUUCCGGCCUGGGAAUUGACCCAGCUCCCGGGCACCUGUCCCGCCCUGCCACCCUCUCCCCUGCACCCCUGAUUGGGUUUUGCACUAAAGAGAUCAGCUGGGCCAACGACUGCCCCAGGCCAUGUCCCAGCCACCUUCCCUCUGGAAACUGCCCACCAGGAGUCCCGAGGCUCCUCAGGAUGCCUCCUCCCGAGCCCCAUUCUCCUGCCCCAGCUGCAGCCCAGCCCUGCACACCCCACCUCGAAGGGCACAGGCGUCAGCGCGACCCUCAGUGUGAGCUCGUCUGCACGAGACACGCAGUUUGGAGUUUGAAGUUCAGAACCCUCCUCCCAGACUUGAGGGUUGACCUGCCGAGGCAUUUCCAAGCCUCCUCUAGCAAUAUGCACACUCAUUCUUUCAUGAGUCUUCACCCCAACCCCAACUUCCAUUUUCCUGGCUCGGUAGGGAUUUGGGGGCUGAGAGAUCCCUGGAUCCCUCAUGGUAGCCAAGCCCAGCCCCGGCCAGCCCUGCAUGGGGGCCGGGAGCACCAGCAACCCUGAUUCAUAGAAGACAAAUUCGCAUCAGGUAAAUCUGAGUGCACCAGGUGGAGUCAGGCUGCCGUUCAGCACGCGCCCUCUGGUCCCCGCGGGUUCUCCUGGUCUCCAGUUACUGGCAGGUGUGGCUCAGCCUCUUGUAGAGCCGGCCUGCAGGGGUAGAGCUGAGAAGCAGGCACUCGGAUUCCAACUCGAAGGCCAAGCUUAACGGCACAGACUGACACAGGAGGCCCAGCUGCCCAGCUCCCUGGGGCAGGAGUGGGCAGGGCACUGAGCCCCGCUCCAGUCCCACCCCCACAGGAGCAGGCAAACCUACCUUCUUGCAGCCCGAAGGCAGGAGAGGGGCUCGGAACCACCCCUCCCCACCCACUUUGUGGUUCUUGCCAACAUAGAAAUUCCUGAGGCCAAUGUCACCAAAGCUAAAUUGAAAUGUUUUGUUAUUAUUUCUUUUAUCUUUCUUUUCCUUUUUCCUUUAUUGAUUUGAUGAAUCUUGAGAUUGACUAGUUUCAAUAAACCAAGUUAAAAUAUGGCCCCACCAUUUAAGAAAACAAUCCUCUGAGACAUGCAGGAAAUUGUGAGCAUUUCGUCCUGAUUUCUCAUUUCCUAUUUGUGAAUGGUCAGACACACAGUCUCAGAGGUGUCUGAUGGGGCAAGGGGCUCCUGGAGGCCCCCGUACCUCCAGGAGCCUUGUCAGUGUCUGAGCAGCGGGCGGCUAGGAGACCUCCAGCCACACGCAGGUGAGGAGGCCUGGAGGGCCUGCCUAGCACACAGACCCUUCCUGAGUCAGUCACAGCCCCUCAGGCCAGUCUUCUCUCUAAAUCUGGGCAGUGUCCUCUGGCUGCUGGAAGCAGGGAGCCGUGUCAUGUCUGAGCCACGUGGGCACCUCUGGGAUGCUCAGGUGUUUCAGUAGGGGUUCCAGAUCCACCCGUCCUGGGCAGACUCCUGAGCCCCCCUGGGGACAAAGCAGCCCCCGCAGGGAGGCAGAGCCUGGGGCAGAGUAUAAGACAAGAGGUACCAGGCGGCCUGAGGGAAGUGGAGGCCACCCCGAAGUCUUGGUGGUUGUGCUGGGGGCUGGUGGCGAGUGCGCCAUGGGCACUGCUGUCUCUUCACUUGCUGGAUUGAAUUUGCAAAUCCAAGGAUGAAUCUUGUGUGUAUGUACGUUCAAUAAAAUCUUCUUGGGGAAAA